AUGUGUGUCCUUGAUCAAAGCCUUUUGCACAGUGGCAUACCACCCGGCGACGCAGAUGAUUGCCUGCGCGUGCGCAAGUGGUGGUGCUUCGUGCUCUCGAGUAUCGUCACGUUCGUCGCUGGUCUUCUGGUGGUGCUGCUGUGGCGCGUAUUUGCGUUUCUAUGCUGCCGUAAGGAGCCCGAGUUGGCCCCCAAUGACCCCAAACAAAAGGAGCAGAAGGCGGCAGCGCGACAAGGAAAGCAAGAUUUCGAAGGGACCUUCAUGACCGAAGCGAAAGAUUGGGCGGGCGAAUUGAUAUCUGGACAAACUACCACCGGACGAAUCUUGGUGGUAUUGGUAUUCAUUCUGAGUAUAGCUUCGUUGAUAAUUUACUUUAUCGACGCAUCCAGUGAGGGCGUGGAACGAUGUCAGAAGUGGAGCAACAACAUAACACAACAAAUUGAUCUCGCCUUUAAUAUAUUUUUUAUGGUCUACUUUUUUAUACGAUUUAUAGCAGCUAGCGACAAAUUGUGGUUCAUGCUGGAGAUGUAUUCGUUCGUCGAUUAUUUUACGAUACCGCCCUCAUUCGUCUCCAUUUAUCUGGAUCGCACAUGGAUUGGUCUCCGUUUCUGCAGAGCUCUCCGCCUGAUGACAGUUCCCGACAUCCUGCAAUACCUGAAUAUAUUGAAAACGUCCAGUAGCAUACGACUUGCUCAACUAGUCUCCAUUUUCAUAUCCGUUUGGUUGACAGCGGCAGGAAUCAUACAUCUGUUGGAAAAUUCCGGCGAUCCGUUCGAGUUUAGUAAUCCCCAGCAAUUAUCUUAUUGGACAUGCGUCUACUUCUUGAUCGUCACCAUGUCGACGGUAGGGUAUGGUGACGUCUACUGUCAGACUGUACUAGGCCGAACGUUCCUGGUCUUUUUCUUACUUGUCGGAUUGGCGAUGUUCGCCAGUAGUAUACCGGAGAUAAUAGAGCUAGUAGGCAGUAGGUCCAAGUACGGCGGCGAACUGAAGAGAGAGCACGGCAAAAGGCAUAUUGUUGUUUGCGGCCACAUCACAUAUGAGUCUGUAUCACAUUUUCUGAAAGAUUUCCUACACGAAGAUAGAGAGGAUGUUGAUGUUGAAGUAGUUUUCCUACACAGGAAACCUCCAGAUCUGGAACUAGAAGGCUUAUUUAAGAGGCACUUUACAACUGUAGAGUUCUUCCAGGGAACCAUAAUGAACCCCAUAGACUUGCAAAGGGUGAAGGUGCAUGAAGCUGAUGCUUGUCUUGUGCUCGCCAAUAAAUAUUGCCAAGAUCCGGAUGCUGAAGACGCCGCCAAUAUUAUGAGAGUAAUUUCGAUAAAAAAUUAUAGCGAUGAUAUUCGAGUCAUUAUACAACUGAUGCAAUAUCACAAUAAGGCGUACUUAUUAAAUAUUCCAUCAUGGGAUUGGAAACAAGGUGACGAUGUGAUCUGCUUAGCCGAGUUAAAAUUGGGUUUCAUAGCUCAAAGUUGCCUGGCACCAGGAUUCUCUACUAUGAUGGCCAAUUUGUUUGCGAUGAGAAGUUUUAAAACGUCGCCGGAUAUGCAGAUCUGGACGAACGACUACCUGCGCGGCACCGGCAUGGAAAUGUACACUGAGACCCUAAGUCCCACAUUCAUUGGCAUGCCUUUCGCGCAGGCCACAGAAUUGUGUUUCACAAAACUGAAACUGCUUCUUCUGGCGAUUGAGAUCAAAGGCGGCGAAGAAGGAAAUGAUAGCAAGAUUUCUAUUAAUCCCCGAGGUGCCAAAAUUCAGGCCAACACCCAAGGAUUCUUUAUAGCUCAAUCAGCAGACGAAGUCAAAAGAGCUUGGUUUUACUGCAAGGCGUGCCAUGACGACAUCAGGGACGAGACAUUGAUCAAGAAGUGCAAAUGCAAAAACUAUGUCGGCAUGAUAAUGAUGCAGACAGGAAUGGUGAAACAAGGCCUGAACUCUGCCAGACAUGCCUAUCUACAUGAUGACCACCAUCCGGCUCCGACGUUCACGCCGCCCGAGUUGCCAAAGAAGGUACACGUGCGCGCUCUGCCGAACGCCGCCGGUGAAGCUGCAAGGGAUCGAGAAGAUUUGAACAUGAUGAAUCGAAAUCACAGAGGGUCAAGUAUCCCAGGAAGUACACAAGUAGGAAAUGCCACGAAGCAAGUAAAUAAAGUCAAACCCAAUGUGACAAGGUCUGAUGGACUUUUAUCACCUGAUUCGCCGACCAGUCGGAGCAGUGGUCCAGGAAACCAGAGCGGAGCAACUGUGUCCUUGCCUGCAGGCCUGGCAGAUGAUCAGUCUAAAGAUUUCGAUUUCGAAAAAACUGAAAUGAAAUACGAUUCAACUGGUAUGUUCCAUUGGAGUCCAGCUAGAAAUUUAGAAGAUUGCAUACUGGACCGGAAUCAGGCGGCAAUGACUGUACUGAACGGACACGUGGUUGUGUGCCUAUUUGCAGAUCCUGAUUCGCCCUUAAUUGGAUUGAGAAAUUUAGUAAUGCCCUUGAGGGCUAGUAAUUUCCAUUACCACGAACUUAAACAUGUUGUGAUCGUAGGUUCUGUUGACUAUAUUAGAAGAGAAUGGAAAAUGCUGCAGAAUUUACCCAAAAUUUCCGUACUCAACGGUUCACCGCUGUCAAGAGCGGAUCUUCGUGCUGUGAAUGUGAAUCUAUGUGAUAUGUGUUGUAUUUUAUCGGCAAAAGUACCGAGCAAUGAUGACCCAACAUUAGCCGACAAAGAAGCGAUUUUAGCAUCAUUAAAUAUCAAGGCUAUGACGUUUGAUGACACAAUAGGUGUAUUGAGCAAUGGGGCUGCCGAACAAGACAAUUUAGCGCCUGUAGGAAGUCCCAUUGUCUUACAAAGAAGAGGAUCGGUGUACGGAGCCAAUGUGCCUAUGAUAACUGAACUUGUAAACGACAGUAACGUCCAGUUCUUGGAUCAAGACGAUGACGAUGACCCCGAUACUGAGCUGUACCUUACACAACCAUUUGCUUGUGGUACUGCAUUUGCUGUUAGUGUUUUGGACUCGCUUAUGUCCACGACGUAUUUCAAUCAGAACGCACUUACCCUAAUCAGAUCGUUGAUAACGGGUGGGGCGACGCCGGAACUGGAAUUAAUUUUGGCAGAAGGUGCAGGACUACGCGGCGGUUACAGUACGGCCGACAGUCUUUCAAACCGCGAUAGAUGCCGUGUUGGUCAGAUCUCACUGUAUGAUGGGCCUUUAGCUCAAUAUG